ACAAGAGAUCUGGUCAGAUUCCUCCACCCUGCCACAGAAGGGGAGGGGUCCUUCACUCUGAAGAUUUAAAAGGGACCCCCAAAUUGCUAGGAGAUCUUGUAACUCUCUCCCAAGAAGACUGCAGAUUUACAGCUGAACUAAGUAUGAAGGGGCUGCGUAACCUGACAGCAUCUGUGAUGGCCCUGCUCCUUGCAGCAUCCUUCAUCUCUUCCUCCUGGAGUGCUCCUCAGGGUCAUUUCCAAAGGAGAAACUGGACACCUCAAGCUAUGCUCUAUUUAAAGGGUGCACAGGGACGUCGAUUCAUCUCAGAGGAGAGCCAGCAAAAAGAUCUGUAUGACAGAGUGCAGCUUGAAACACGCAGCCAAAGCUCAAAUCCUUUAUCUCUACCUGAAGCUGCAGCCCUAUUUCUUAGUUCCUUGCAGAAAGCACAAGAAGAAGUUGACGAAGAAACCAGUGAUCACCCUGGAUACUUGACAGACAAUCUAUCAAAUUGGUGAAAUAUUCCGAAUUUCUUUAGCGUUCAUAUGCUGAAAUCAUGAUUUGAGUGAAAAGAAUAUUUAAUUCCUUCCAUCUCCACCUAAGUUCGAAAAGAAUGAUGUACAUGUUCAUUCCAUUAUUUUGAAAGCAAAGUCAUUAAAAGUUACCCAUUCUGAUAAGAAAUCACUUGUAAAGUUCCAGUCUUGUUUAGACCAUUCUGCAUGUACCACCC